AUGAGUCAAUCGGGCCUUCAGCCCAACACAGAAGGGCCUGGACAGGGUAAGUAUCAUUGUUCAGCGAAACACUUGAGCAGCGCGCAGCAGACAGCAGACAGCAGGCAGCAGAUAGCGGGCAGAUAGCAGGCAGCAGGCAGCAGACCGCGCAGCGCGGGCGAGUGGCAGUCGUGAGGUCGCACAGCAAGCCCUGCUCUCGACGAAGAGGAUACAUAGACGUACAUGGCUUAUGGAUGCAAGAGAAUCUGCUGACACUCAUGCUAUUAGGCUCUUCCGCGACAGCGCAGACGUUCGUACCUCCACCGAGGACCUCCUCGCGUGAGUUGCCGCUGGCCUCAGAUGCGGGUAGUUCGCAGAAUGCCGCAUCUGCACCGGUAGCAGACAUGUCGGGAGGCUCUCCGGGCACCUCCUCAACCCUCGCUACUCCUUCACAGCCCCCUGCAGAGGCCACUUCGAACACUAUGUCUGGUGACUCAGGGAAGCCAAAGGCCGAAAGCAUUGGACGAGGUUCAAAGCGCAGCUUGCGACUUGGCAGAGACCGGAGUAAGCGAGGAGAGGAGCCAAAUGAGAAGUCGCCGCGGCCGAAUCCAGAAGAGCAGCCCAAGCCGAAGAAGAAGGGUGGCCUGCUCUCCUUGCUCUGCUGCACUGCAGGCGACGAAGUCCCCGAUGUCGGCCAACAAGAUCUUGCUCAGCCCGCAAAGCCAGCUACCAAACCACAACCUACAAGAGCCCAACAGCCUCAGUCACAGCAGCGGCCCCAGAACGAUAGCCAGACAGACACCAGUGCGACGCAGGAUUCCAAGGAUGUAGUCGAUGAGAAGACGGGUCAGAAGCACGCAGCGGCAGAUGGAUCAAAGUCGGAUUCAAGGCAGCGGGCUUCUGAGAACGAGAAUCUGUCCAGCAGUGAUCCGGCUGAUAAGCAAACCACGAGCGCAGAUCAGGCGAGCCCGGAUGCGUCACGAGCGCCUGAGACGACUGCUCUGCACCCUCCACCGAUCGUCACUUCGGGGCCAUCCAGUGCAGCCGGCGCGAGCUUAACAACACCGCCUUCUGUGGAAGUCCAAGCUCCAACGCCUACCGUAGUCCAAUCAGAAGAGGACCCGAUCUUUGACCGGACUGUCGAUCAGAAGAAGCUCGAUGAAGAUAUCGAGAUGAAAGACUCGGUGCCAAUGGGCGAAGCAGAGGCGAAAGAGAUCAGAGAGGAGCUGGAGCAGAAAGGCGAAUCGUCCACCGGACCAUAUGUCACUGCUCUCCCUGGGCCUCCAUCACAUCCACCACCCCGUACUUCCCAGGAAAACAAGACGCCCAGCGUGAACACGGACGCCAGUACUCCAGAAAAUAGAGGUCAAUGGUUGCUCCCGCCGAUACAACCGGAACUGCGUGGUCGAAAGUGCCUGGUCUUGGAUCUUGACGAGACCUUGGUCCACAGCAGUUUCAAGGCAAGUCUACUAGGGAUGAUUUGUCAUUUGCUACUCGGCUGACCACUUUUUGUAGAUUCUACAUCAAGCCGACUUCACAAUCCCAGUCGAAAUUGAGGGACAGUAUCACAACGUCUACGUCAUAAAGCGGCCGGGCGUUGAUGCCUUCCUCAAGCGAGUGGGAGAGCUGUACGAGGUUGUCGUUUUCACGGCAUCUGUCUCCAAAUACGGCGAUCCACUGCUCGAUCAGCUUGACAUCCACGGCGUCGUGCACCAUCGGUUAUUCCGCGAAAGCUGCUACAACCACCAGGGCAAUUACGUCAAAGAUCUGAGCCAGGUCGGCCGAGCGCUCAAGGACACGAUCAUCAUCGACAACUCGCCCACCAGCUACAUCUUCCAUCCCCAGCAUGCUGUGCCAAUCAGUAGCUGGUUCAGCGAUGCGCACGACAACGAGCUCUGCGAUCUCAUCCCAGUACUGGAAGACCUUGCAGGGCCCAAGGUCCAAGAUGUCAGCAUGGUCCUCGAUGUUGCUCUGUGA